UAUUGUAAAUUGUGAUUGUUUUCUUCCUAUCUGCAGUUUUAUAAACCUUUUUAAUUUUCUUUGUACGUUUUAAUACAAAACAAACUAACUUUUUAUGUUGCAAAGCAUUCAAAUUAUUUGUAGUUUCAUUUUACAAUUCCAUGCUUUUCUAAUCAUUCACAUCAGAUCAAGUUACUAUAAAUUUCUUUGUUUAGUCCGUUCUAUUUAUUAGGCAAUCAACAAUCGUCGCAAUUAGUCACAAUGCCGAUCCUGUUCAGUGUCGUUUCACGCGGGACAGUGGUUUUAGCUAAAUAUGCCACUUGUGCUGGAAACUUUACAGAAGUUACAGAACAAAUCUUAUCCAAGAUCCCACCCCACGACGACAAACUUACUUACUCCCAUGGAAACUACCUUUUCCAUUACAUUGCUGAAAAUAAGUUGGUGUUCUUUUGUAUCACUGAUGAUAAAUUCCAACGAUCACGAGCAUUCCUCUUCCUCAAUGAGAUCAAACGGAGAUUCACAUCGUCUUUUGGAGACACUGCUCAGACAGCCAUACCUUAUGCCAUGAACAGUGAAUUUGCCAGAGUACUGGCAACAGAAAUGAAACACUACAGUGAGUCCAAGGACCUGGAAACAAUAUCGAGAGUCCAUGGAGAAUUGGAUGAACUCAAGAAUAUUAUGGUCAAAAAUGUUGAUAGCAUGGCUAUGAGAGGAGAGAAAUUGGAGCUACUGGUGGACAAAGCAGACAACUUAGCCACAAGUUCCGUGACAUACCGCGCUUCGGCAAGGACGCUUCAACGCUCGUUAUUCUGGAAGAACAUCAAAAUGUACGUGAUCCUAGCCUCCAUAGUCGCGAUUGCUAUCUACCUGGUCGGCGCGAUGGCCUGCGGUGGACUGGCGUGGAAGUCGUGUGUUGGCUAAACGUUAGGCCUGACCAGGUAAAAAAUCUGCACUGAGACGGGUUUUUUUCUAUCGCGUUUUCAUAUUAUGCGAUACGAUAUAUCGGACCGAUAUCAAUCUCAAGUGUAGCUAUCUCUCUAUCCACCUUCCUACCUAUCUAUAUCUAAUAUCCUAAAUCUUAAUGUUUCGUUUCGGAUUUGACAUUAUCUCCAAUCCUUAUCUGAAAUCGGUAUUCGGACAAUAUCGACUUCUAAGUUCUUAUGUUACGGUGUGGUUAUCAAUAAUGAAUAUUCUGUAUACAAAAAUCUACUACUUUAGUAUAGAUGUUACGCUCAAAGACCGAAAACGCUCAGUGAGCGGGAAAAUAACUCA